AUGGUUUCUUCUCAGGGGCGGUCGUUUUCGAGCUCGACGGGGUCCACGGCGGCGGGGUCUUCGUCGCCGCCCGACUCCGGUUAUUAUUCGUCGUCGACGAACGGUGCGGUCGAGAGAUUUGGUGGAAGCGGCGGCGGUGUGGAUCCGAUGGUGAAAGAGGAGCUCGAGGCGGCGGAGGCGCUCGCGGAUUUGGCGCAUUUGGCGAUGCGCGAGAGUAGCGGCGCCGAAUCUGCUGGGAAUUGGGGGCUGAAAAGGAAGCGAGCCGGGAAGCGAGUCAAGAGUGGGUCUCCGCCGAGUCAGUCGGGUUUGAACCCGCCUGACCCGGCUCCCACAUGUCCGGAUCUUCCUCAGGAUCAAGCUGUGACAGGUUUGCUGCAAUGUGAAAUGGUAUGCACAAAUGUCGUUACAGAACUGGUGAAGACUGAGCAAGUUCUGAGUGAAAAGGUUGUGAGGGCUGAGCAUGAUCCAGAAUUAAAUAAGCCAAGUCCUAUAUGCACUACAAGUUACCCUUCAUUUAGUUGCAGCAAGUCAAGGCGGAAUUUAACUGAGGAGGAAAAGGAAGAGCGGAGAAUACGCAGAGUAUUGGCAAAUCGUGAGUCAGCUAGACAAACAAUUCGUCGACGUCAAGUAGGCUGCUUCACUCUACUAGUUGAAUAUGUCUUUCUUCUAGUUCUUUUUUGUUCGACAAAUCAGGCUCUAUGUGAGGAGUUAACCACAAAAGCUGCCGAUCUGGCAUUGGAGAAUGAAAAUCUGAAAAGGAAAAAGGAGCUAGCGGUAAAGGAGUUCCAGUCUUUGGAGAAAACAAAUAAGCACUUGAAAGUUCAGAUGACUAAGGUGAUAAGGGCAGAGGAUGAUAAAACACCAGGUGAAAAUAUGUCAGCCUAUGUGCAGAUGCAGAUACCUCCGUCUUCAUCUACAAAUUCCCCGUUCUUCUUGUUUAACCGUCCCCCAUUUGCACCACUUUUCUGGCCUUCUAUCAUCCAGUCUUCAAACUCUACUCAGGUGCAGCACAUACCACAAAAUCCAAUAGCCAUUCCGUCAAACAUCUCAUUGCCGGCUAAUGGUGCAGCUGACUCUUCUCUUGAACAAGACAACCCCUCAAACAUCAAUGGAGCGAGAGCUCCUUUAUAUGUGUUUCCGUGUCCUUGGUUCAUCCCUCACUUUGAUAAUGGGAAUGGACUCCAACCCCAGUCUUCCUUGUGUUUGAACAAUAAGCAAGAAGAGACUUCUUUUAAUAACCAGUUCAGUGCUAGUUCAUCUUCAAGAACCGUUGCGCAGUUGGACAACCACCAGUCCUCUUUCCCUGUUAGAUUAAAAACAGAAGAUUCCCCUUCAAUUGAAGGCAGACUGUCACGUGAUCUUAAUGAGACCCCUGAUCAGUUUCCUCUUGAUGGAGGUGAUCAGCACACAGGACCUCACCCGAUGGAAAAUGGUUGCAAGGAAAUAUUCCCUUCUGCGGCAUCAGUCAACCAUUCUGGAGUUGCAUCUUGUAUCAAGAAUGAGAACGGAUUUGAAUCAGAUUACACUGUAACCACUCUGAACUCUUUUCACGAGUUCUCUGCCUUGUCAGACAAGAAUAGUGAACCAAUCAUCUACCCUACUAGGAAACUCGUAGAUGCAAAUGCAGCAGCUGAGGCGAGAAAGAGGAGGAAAAAUCUCACGAAGCUAAAGAGCCUUCAUGGCCGGCAGUGUCGGACACAGUGCUGAGCUUGGAUACAUGUUGACUAUAAAUUCUCUCAUAGUUUUCAUGCAGGUCCUUUUACUUUAGGGGGACUCCUUUGAGAUUUGAGUCCAGAGCACGUCACCUAACCUUAAUUAUAACCUUUAAUUAUAGAAGGUUACUGAGUCGAUGACAUAAAAGAUGUGGCCUGCAACGUAGGUACAUCUUCAAGGCGUUUGCUUGUAUUUUAUAUGUUGUUUCGGGGUGUAGACGAAAAACUGGAAAUCUUUGUUCUGGCCCUUCAAUAUGUAUGGGUAGUUUUUUUGUUAUGAAA